AUGCUACCAUACGCGCUGAAAGUUGUGUGGUUUGCACUGUCGUUCUCUGGUAUCUUCGCAUGCUGGAUAGUCCUAACAGUGUUCGCUCGCGCGAUUGGGAGCUACUGGGGCCCAAUGUUGUACUGCGUCUUUGCGACCUUGCUCCAGGGAAUCUUUUGCCUGGGCAUGAUAUAUGACAUGAACCCGUUUGAUAUGCCACCGGCAUUUUGCAAAGCUCAGACGUUCAUCAUAUACUACUCAGCUCACUCUGUGACGGGAGUAUGUGCCGCGUUCACGAUGGCCACGACGAGCGCUGUCGUGUGGCCGUCAUCUGUGAUAACAACUGCUUCAUCGACACUGGUAUGGCGAAACCAAUAUCUCUUGCCCAUUGUCGUGUUCCCGCUUUGUGCAAUUGCUGUCGCCGUCCCCGUCCUACUAUCCCUUCACGCAAUUCAACCCUCAGACGAUCUUCACUGCGACGCCAGUGAUCCCAUAUGGGGACGAUUCCUAGGUUAUGCGGGUAUAUCCAUGAUCCUCACCAUCCCAUGUUUCUUCCUGUCUGCAACAGCAGCCCACCGUGUAUUCAAGGUACACACAGUGCGUCGAGAGCUUUUCAAGCUCACAGUCUCACACUCGCAUUCGCUGGGCGGCAACACUGGCACUGGACCCACAAAAAACCUACCUUCGUCGCCUUUACCCGAUGUGGACCCCAAGUCCGCGGAAUUUGUGGACGAGCAAGUCUCGGUGAUGCCAAGAAAAGAUACGCCUCAUGUUGACGCCAUCAAUGACGCCGCGGCUAACUCAAACGAGAGCUAUUCCCCGCGGGCUGAUAUCCUUCCUUCCUCCUUAUCCUCACCGCCUUCGCCAAAGCGAUCUUCGGAUACACCGCAGUGGGAUGAAUCUCAGAUACGCGACGAACGAGUGAGCAUUGUGCCUAUUGAAGAAGACACAACUACUCUUCCGAUUUCGAGCUCUCAUGAACAGCCGAGACAAAGUCUAGCACCUGCGAUAUGGAGGCUUAUUCUCUUCCAAAUGGCGUUCUUCAUCAUACAAUUUUUAGCUGCGCUUUCAACCAUCAUUGAUGUAGCAACGCAUCGCCCAAAGCCAACGCCUUUUGGGACGCAACAUGUAGCGCUAGUACUCGUCGGAUGGGGACCGUCGAUAGUGUUUGGUCACCUCCCAGCAGUGCGGCGGAGGUUGUUGUUCUGGCGACGUCCAGACUCGAAUACAAACUAGUUUAGUAGUACCCUCCUGGACCAAAAAUGUGUAUAUUUGAUCGUGCCCAGCGGCUGCCUGGUAUGUUUUUCAUUAAUUAGUAUGGGUUUUGCACGAGUUGCAACUGGGUGGGUUUAAAUUUGACACAGUGCACGCGGUUUUGCGCUUCAGCCAAAUUUAUCACUGUUCAACGCAUGGUAGGCAGACCAGGAAAAUAGUCACAUGGUGUUGUGCACCUGGCAUCAUCAUGUUGUGCCCGGGGAGUCUGCAUGCAGUACAGAUGAGAAUCAGAUGGCCGAUUGUGCUAGAUGGGCUCGGACCAGCCAAAACAAUUGAGAUUGGUCAGGCCGAGUCACUUAUGUGCUGGAGAACAGUGGAAAUUCAUGGAUUCAUAGAAUUCCCUAUGAUCUCUAUCACAUAGAAGUUAUGACAUGCGAAUUGGUGGAUUAAUUGUUC